UGGCGUGCUUUGGCGGGUCCACGCGGAAUGGACAUUCCGUUUAGGGAUAUUCUGUCAAGGCCGUUAAAGCCCCGGAUAAGCCCUAAACCGUUCGCUAGGGCAAAAGUAUUUCGAGGAUGGAGCGCGCGUUUGCUUCGUCUUCUUCUUCCUUCUCUCCAUCUAGUCCGAUCGGCCAGCGGCAGCAAGUCGAUCGUCGAGCUGUGCGCUUUAGGCCCUGCAUUGACAUCCACAAUGGAAAGGUGAAGCAAAUCGUGGGAUCUACUCUGCUGGAUUCGUCGCAGUCUUCGCUGGUUGUGAAUUUCGAGUCGGAGAAAUCGGCUGCCGAGUUUGCUGGAAUGUAUCGCCGCGAUGAUCUUCCCGGCGGACACGUGAUCAUGCUCGGGGGAGAUUCUUUGAGCCUGAAAGCAGCGCUCGCGGCACUGGAAGCGUAUCCGGGUGGCUUGCAGAUCGGUGGGGGUGUCAACUUGGGGAACGCGAAGUCUUAUCUCGAUGCUGGAGCGAGUCAUGUGAUUGUCACCUCGUUCGUGUUUAAGGACGGCAAGGUCGACACUGAAAGGCUCCAGCAGCUAGUACGCCUUGUUGGCCGGAAGAGGCUCGUUUUGGACCUGAGUUGCAGAAAGAAGGAUGGAGUAUACAUGGUCGUGACCGACCGGUGGCAAAAGUUUAGCGAUCUGCCUAUCACUGAAGAAACUCUAGCCGGUUUGGCGCAAUCAGCCGACGAGUUUCUUGUCCAUGGGGUGGACGUCGAAGGAAAGCGGCUGGGAAUCGACGAGGAGCUUGUCAAGAUCUUGGGCCAAUGGUCUCCAAUCCCGGUUACGUAUGCUGGUGGGGUAACAUCGCUCGAAGAUCUGGAUCUCAUCAGAAAUGCUGGGCGAGGCGUUGUAGACGUGACUGUCGGCUCUGCUCUCGACAUAUUUGGAGGCAACGUUUCAUAUUCCGAUGUCUUGAGUUGGCACAGAGAUCAGCAAUCUUAACCUUUGUCUAAUAUCACUUUUUGUUUAGUAUUAAUCCUGAAUUCAUUUCCGAGGUUAGGUCGUCUUUUGAUCAA